AUGUCAGACCUGAUCCCAAAACUCAUCACGGUCGAGGAACACUUCAUCGCGACGGAGCUCUUCACGGAGCUGUCCGACCUCUACGCAGAGCAACUCAAGCAUCUCCCCGAAGUAGCAAAUCGCCUCAAAGAUGUCGGACCCUUGCGGCUCAGCAACAUGGAUACGAACCGCAUCGGCCUACAGAUCGUAUCCCAUGCGCCCGGCCUCGGCCCCCGCGCCCCGCGGCUUAGCAGACUAGCCAACGACCAGCUCUCGCAAGCCGUACAAGCCAACCCGGCCCGCUUCGCCGGGUUCGCCGUGCUGCCAAUGGCCGACCCAGACGCCGCGGCGACGGAACUCGGGCGUUGCGUCCGGGAACUGGGCUUCGUUGGCGCCCUGGUGGACACGCACGUCGACGGAACGCACUACGACGACAGCCGCUUCUGGCCCGUCUUCGCCGCUGCCGCCAACCUCGACGUGCCAAUCUACCUGCACCCCACCUACCCGUCAGAGAGCCAGCGUCCCGCGUACGAGGGCAACUUUGAGCCCGGCGCGGCGCGGAGCCUGGGGUCCAGCGGGUUCGGGUGGCACUCGGAGACGGGGCUCGCGGUGCUGAAGCUCUAUGCCGCGGGUCUUUUUGACGAGUAUCCCUCGCUGAAGAUCAUCAUUGGGCAUUUCGGCGAGAUGCUGCCCUUCAUGAUGGAGCGCGUGGAAAAGCUCUCGGUGCGGUGGGGGCCGCGGCGGCGGGGCUGGCUUUCGGUGUGGGAGGAGAACAUCUGGGUCACGACGAGCGGGGUGUGGGGCCUGGCUCCGUUGGCGUGCGUGUUGCGGAACACGCCCGUCGAGCAUAUUCUCUACAGCGUCGAUUACCCGUUUGAGAAGAACGAGAACGGGCUGGCGUGGAUCCGGGAGCUGCGGGACAGCGGGAUGGUGACGGCGGAGCAGCUCGAGAUGAUUGCGUAUCGCAAUGCUGAGAAGCUCCUGCGAGUCAAGGCGCCGUAA